UUUGGGGCCACAAUUUCACCCGCCCGGGAGCCUUUGCGCCAGAACUUCCAGUCCUUCUAUUAAAGCCCAUACACCUGAUUCUCUGGCCAAUUCGACCUCAAGAGUCCUGCAGUGAUUCAUGUCUUCUCGUCCCUCUUCACCCGCCAAUGGCCCUGCCGCGGCCAGCGGUUCCAGCAUCAGCCGACCUUCCUCUCCCACGCCUCCCGGCGGCCCUCGAACUGCGAUCCGUCGACGUGCCGCUGCUGAUCAGAAGGAGAAGCUUGCCAAUGCUCGGCCGAGCAGCACACGGGCUGCUGGCGCUGGCGGCUCCAGCAGCACUAUGCUGAGACUCUACACGGACGAGUCUCCCGGACUGAAGGUUGACCCCGUUGUUGUUCUUGUUCUGUCCCUGGUUUUCAUCUUCAGCGUUGUUGCUCUGCACAUCAUUGCCAAGAUCAGCCGCAAAUUCUCGAGCUAAACACGUUAUAUGGUGGCCGAAAUGAUACGAGGUUCCGCGGCGGCUCGGGUUGAACAGGCCGAGUUCAAGCUGAUGCGAAGGGUCAAGGCGCAAGAGAAGCAAAAAGGACAAAAACCAACAAAACAAUUGACUUACACAGAAGCAGGAUGUAUGGAAUUUUGGUGGGAUACACUCGACCUGGCCCUUAAUCACCAUGGAGUCUGAGAGCGACUAAUGAUAUUUUGUACUAUAUGAGCAAAACGGCU